CCAAUGCUCCAACCACUGAACCACACUGGCCAGGCCAAGAAAAGAUCAACUUUGUAUUUAUGUAUUUUUACCAGGUUUUUCUUAAUGACUGGUGACAGUGUGAGGAGGGAGCCUUGUGUUAGUGAAGAGUCUGAGGACCUGGGAGGGAAGGCACGGAUGGGAAAUGGUGUGGAGCCUGGAACCUGGCCCAAGGGGAGGAGGAGGGCAGUCAGAGUUGGCCCCCAGUCUGUUGUCUCAGCAGGUGUUGGAGUGGGGAACCCAGGAGCCCCAGUCCCUGCCGGCCUGUCAUGAGCUGGCAAGUGGAGCCAGUGCUGCAGGCUACGAAGGACUCAGCAUGAGAAGAUGCAGGAUGUGAAGGGCAGCAGGAAAGAUGGAGGCCCUGAGCCCAACUCUGUCUUAGAGUUUGUGGCCAAGGACCUGGAGCUUCCCCUUGUGGCCCAGGAUGAGGAUGGUUACAUCGCCGUACUGGUUUCAGAGAUGGCGCCACUAAUGGCGGUUGGGAUGCCUGAGCCCAAGGGUGAAGCUACCCCAGUUAGAGAUCCUCGCUGGCAUGAGCCUGUGAAAUAGCUUGUUGAAGAUGGAUAUAGAGCACUGGACAGAAAUUACUUCUCCUUGCACUUAUGCACCAAUUUUAUUUUUAAAAUAAAAUGUCAAACACCUUUGAACUUUUUAUUAAAAGUAGAAGAAGUAUCUUUUUGGCCAUGCGGUUCACUGCAUCAAGAGACCUGGAUUUUCAAACGAUAUGUUGAUAGUUUGCUUUCUGAGAGUCAAUUGAAAGGAACUCUAGAAACCAGUAAAAGGCGAGAUAUUUACCAAAGGUGUAUCCAAUUGAAACAGGCAGUUGACGAAAAUAAAAAUGCUCUUCAAAAAUUAAGCAAAGCUGAUGAACCCGCACCUGUUGGAAACUAUCAUCAGAAAAAGGAGGAGGAGCUCAGUCUCUUGGACAACCUGACCCACCAACUGCAAGAACUCGCCGUGUCCAUAAGUAGAGAAAGUAGAACUGAAAUUGAGGCACUUACCGAAAGAGAGGAAGAUAAUGAUUUUGCUGAAGAAGAUGAAGACGACAACGAUGAUGACAAAGAAGAAAGUGAAGAAAGUAGUGGGGAGGAAGAAGAAACAGAAGAGGACGAGGAAGAGGAAGAGGAGGAGGAACAGGAAAAUGAGUCUCAGCGGCAGGCAGCAGAUGAAGAAUGCAUUGCUGUUGGAGAUUUUGUUGCUCAGCAGGCUGGGGACCUUACGUUUAAGAAAGGGGAAAUUCUCCUUAUAAUUGAAAAACACCCUGAUGGUUGGUGGAUGGCUAAAAAUGCCAAAGGAAACAAAGGUCUCGUUCCCAGAACCUACCUGGAGCCCCAUCGUAAAGAAGAAGGCCACGAGUCAUGUGAAGAAGGCAGUGAAGGUGAUGCGGAUGGGGCGGAAGAGAGAGCGGAGGGAGCACAAGUUGAGCAUAGAACUGACGCUCACUGGAGUGCUGUCCAAACAGCUCUCUCAGAGCAUCUUCAGCAGAUAAACACUGUUGAUCAAAACUUUCCCAAAGAGUUUCCUCCAUUCGUCUUUUCUGUUGUCUUACUUGUGCUUGGAUUUCCCUGGAAUCAAUUUCGAGCAAGUUACUUCUUACAGCCAGAGCUCACUCCUUCACAGCUGGCCUUCAGGGAUCUCCUGUGGGAUGCUAAGACAGGCACUAUUAGGUCGAGAGCAAGUCGUGUUUCCUUGAUCCUGACCCUCUGGAGCUGUAAAAUGAUUCCUGUUCCAGGAGUGAGCAUCCAGCUCCUCAGCAGACACGUGCGCCUCUGUCUGUUUGACGGCAGUAAGGUGAGCUCACUGCAGAGCACAGGGGUUCACGUCAGGAUGGAAAACAUUUUGUUAGUCACACGUUAA